CGAUGGGGCCAGUCUGGCUCUACCUGCGCUCGGCACCCGUGAAGUGCCUCGGCGUGUGACCCCGGCGGACGGCAAUGCAUGAAGUGGUAGUGCCACCCUUUCUCUUUGCGAUAUAAUACAAUCAAACAGAUAAUGCUAAAAAAAACACCGCGCAUGAACUAUAAAUAGAACAACAAAACAUGAUAAACCGAUGCGCAAAAAUCCACGAUAACUCGGCCCCAGCAUCAUCCUCGGGACUCCGCUCCCUCUGGAGACUCCCCACCAGCGUCUGGCCUAUUGUAGAUAAAUCAGGCGAUACGCUGAGAUAAGCUAUCGUGUUAUCAGCCUAAAGAUAAGUGAGAAUCCUCGGCGAGCAUGAGCUACUGCGAGUCGGAGGCUACAGGUAGUCUAAGACACUCUCACAGCCGAUGGAGGAUUGUCCCCCAGCCUGCGCGAUUACAAGGGAACCACAGUACGUUCAUUUGUUGUGCCCGGGACGAUGGUCAGGAUGUUCCUAGUGCUGACCGAGAGUGAAGUGAUUUCAGUGUUACCGGAAGUUCGUUGAAAAGAAAAAGUGCUCAUUAAACCUUGUGAUUCAUCCUCUGGUGUGUUUCGACCGUCACUGCGUACAAGACCUGAAGAGAUGGAGCCAGUUCAGGGAUUCAGUCGCCUCAGGGUCACGGACUCGCCCCAAGAGCAAUGCCAGCAACAGCAAUCCAUUCCGCAGGACUUUUACUCCCAGGGGGAUGGUUUUCUCCCCGGGGGCGUCCGGCGGCCUCCUCCUCCCCGGUACCCAUCCCCUGGGGGCGGGGACGGGCGGCCGGGGAUGCAUUUUAACAUAGGCUACGCGGAGGACCCCAGCCAAGGCUUCCGGAAGAUGCGGCCGCAGCCCCUCUGUCACGCGGCCGUGGAGACGCAGCAGAGGACCAGCGUCUACGGGACGGAGGGCAACCUGCAGAAGUACGCCUCCGAGACCUCACUCCUGGCCACGCAGUUGACGCAGAAGGAGAGCUAUCAGGAAUACGAAGGAUAUUAUCGCGGGCGAUCCCAGUCCAACGUCGCGUACGUUAGCCGUCCCGUCAACAUCCCCUCGAGGACGAAGAGGGCGGAGGACUCGCAGGACUCCUCCAUGAAGACGCCCUCCUCGUUCCAACACCUGAACUCGGCGAUGCGAGACCAAGAGCGCAGUAAGCCCAUGGCCGCGUCCACGCAGGUCGAGGCCAAGUUCGCGCACCAGAAGCCUCACAUGGUUCCUCGGAGGCUGAGGCAGCCGGAGGAGGGCGUCUCGCAAGGCGGAGGCUCCCAGGCCACGCAUCCGAUCCCGAUCAAGAAUGACUUCCGUUCCAAAAGCCCCAGCCUGGAGUGCUACUUGAACCAGAGCGACUUGGACAUGACAUUCCACCGGUCAUUCGCCUCGAAGAGCCCCAGCACGGACUGCGUCGCGUCCGAGGCCGUCGCCACCUCCGCUACCAGCAAGGCGUUCGCGGCGAAGAGUCCCAGCGUGGACACCUUCCUGGACCGUAUCGAUUUCCGUCAAAGAAACUUCCUUUGGGUCAACAAUGUGAAGCACUUCCGCAGCAAGAGUCCGAGCUUAGACGCUGGCGUCUUCCUCGAGGCGGUGAGGGGGGGAAACUACUUGGAGCAACAGGCAGGGAAAAGUUUGUUCGCACGCCCUCACGCGAGCCUCACCGUCCCCGAGGGCAAGGUGGAGCUGACCAGCCAACAGGUGGAGGUUAGCCGGAUCGCGGAAAACUCGCUGGCCCCUCCUCCGGGAAGCCUGGAGCGCAGGCCGAGCGCCCAGAGCCUUCCCGACCUCUCCGGCCCCGCGCUGGACGACCUCUGCCCCGUCACCGGCCCGUCGCAUGUCUUCGACACAACGGAUUACUCCCAGGUGUCCUUCACGGCGUCGCACCAUGAGCAGCCGGUCCGACAGCCACCGAGAGACUCCUUCGCGUCCUCCGAGCUUAACAAAACCUCUUCCCACGACGUCCCAGUGACGUCAGCACAGGAAAUGAACAACCUCCGAGCCCGCGUCAACCUCAGGACGUCUCCCAACCGUGACAUCCCGCGCUGCAAGAGCAAGCAGGGGUCCCCGGUCCCUCGCAGGUACUCCUGCCGUCCUGGAGGGGAUGGGGACGUGGGCAAGGGACCCAUGCUGCCGGGGCUAGAGCGGGUUCUCGCGCCCCUCGACACACAGCCGGUCCCUGGGAGCUCAAACCUCAUCGUCGGCCGACUUAAUCAAAACACAGGUGAUCGCACGAUGCAUCUCGAGGACUACACCAGCAGCCACGCUGGCUCCCCCGAGCCCCUCAUACCCUCACAGCUGACCUCCUGCGACCUGGGCGGCCUCAUCAGUCCUCUCGGGGAAUCUCCUCUUUCGGGGUCGCCUCUUGGGCCUCCGGCGGCGUUUUCGCCCCCGACCAUCAGCGUGGAGGCGCCGCAGGAGUCGGCCGGCGGGAACUCGACGUCCCUCCUGUCGACGGCCAUCACGGGCGCCCUCGGCGAGCUCCACGGAGACCUCUACCUGGCGGGGGACGAGUGGCCGCCCUCCCUGGAGAACCUGCUGACGGCGCUGCCCAGCAGCUCCUCGCUCCCUGAACUGGUGGUGACGGACCCGAGGCCCACGGAGGCCUCCAUGUUCUCCUCCCCCAUGGCGCCCCAGCAGCCUUCCUCGGGGCUCCUGGACCUGCCCCAGAGCGAAGGACUAGAUCUCUACCUGGGGGGCACCAGGUGCUCGGCGUCCCCCAUGAGCGUGUCCCCGGGCGGCUCGUCGCUGCCCUCCCCCUUCACCUCCGCGCGCGGCUCCUUCAGCUCCACGCGGCGCAACAAGCGGCCCUACUCCUCCUCGCCCAUGAACGUGGACGGCCUCGACCUCAACACCAUCAUCAGGUCGUCGCCCACCUGCCUCAACGCCGGGUCGCCGACGCCCACCACCCAGGCGCCGCCCCUGUCCUUCUCGCCCACGGGCGGCAGCUACGGCCACAUCCUCCCGCGCCCCGAGGCCAACAACAACCAGCCCCCGCGCCCCAACCUGACCUUCCAGGCCCUCCUCACCGACGAGGAGGUCCUCAAGGCCAACAACAACAACAACCACAUCAACGCCUUCCAUGCGCAGAAGGUGGAGCUCAAGUGCGAGCCCGACGAGCAGCAGGGGUCGCCGCAGCACCACGACCACCAGCACCAGGACGGCGAGGAGGGGCGUCCCUGCAGCCCCGGCGAGGAGGACGGCCCCAGGUUCUGCCGCUGGGUGGACUGCAACGUGUACUUCCCUUCGCGCGAGAGUCUGUCGCGGCACAUCGAGAAGGCGCACAUCGACCAGAGGAAAGGGGACGACUUCACCUGCUUCUGGGCGGCCUGUCAGAGGCGCUACAGGCCCUUCAACGCGCGCUACAAGCUGCUCAUCCACAUGCGCGUCCACUCCGGCGAGAAGCCCAACAAGUGCACGUUCAAGGGAUGCACCAAGGCGUUUUCGCGUCUGGAGAACCUCAAAAUCCACCUCAGGAGCCAUACAGGCGAGAGGCCCUAUAUCUGCGGCUACCCUCACUGUAUGAAAGCUUUCUCAAACUCCUCAGAUCGCGCGAAACAUCAACGGACUCAUGUGGAUGCUAAACCGUACGUGUGUUCCGUGCCGGGCUGCAAGAAGCGCUACACCGACCCGUCCUCGCUCAGAAAACACGUCAAGAACCAUUCGGCCAAAGAACAGGCGCUGGCGAAGAGAAAGAUGCGUACCGGCGAUGACGAUUAUCGGGGAUCUUCGCCCGGCUGCAUCUUGCCCGGGAUGCCCCUGGACUCCGAAGCGCCUCUGAUGGAGCACGACGCCCUCCAGCACAGCGACAGUGUCGUCCCCGAGUGCGGGUCCCAAGGAUGUGGUGCGCUUCAGUCUCCGGUGCCACGUGCUCUCCCGCAGGCCCUCGGGGGAGAGCUCCCAGAUGGCACUCGGAUUGCCGGAGACUUUAGUGCCCGAGUUCUCCCAGGAGGACCUCGACGCGUGGGUCAGCAUCUUCUGAGCUACCAGCAGCAGCAGCAGGCGGAGAUGGUGGGCAGUGACAUGGUCAUGUACGGACGAGAGCCUCAGCUUCCGCAGCAGAUGCAGGGCAAGAUCGUGGUGGCAGGGGAGGCGCCGCAGAUGAUGUACGGCCAGCACUCGCCGCCGCCGCCGCCGACGCAGCAGCAGCAGAUGCUCCAGAGGACCGAGGGCUCACAGCACGUGUACGACUCCCCUCCGCCUCCCUACUGCCAGGCCUACCCCGUCACCCAGGGCGCCACCGCCUCCCCCAGCAUCCCCCACUAUUCCAUGAUCACGUCCCCCGCCGUCCUCCCCUCCUACCAGUCGCCCAUCUACACGCACCAGCAGCCUGCGUUGCAACUCAAUCAACAGCUCUCCCCGUAUUCGACGCAACAAGGGACUUGAAAUACGAGUUCCGCCUCGGUGUCGAUGCUCUGCCGGUGGGGUAACUCUGAAACAGUUAUCUUGCUGCCCUCAGAAACGGGAGGAACAAGGCCAAAGGUCGAUUAGGCUCACCCAUGACAUUCGCGACUGCUUUUCGGCCCAAUGAACUAUACCAGUGGAGGGAAAGCGUCUGGAGGAUUGUUGACAGGCGCGCCUCGCACUUGAUGCCUUAGACCUACACCAUCGAUUUUGAGGGAGGGGGGGUAAAUUAUUUUUGAACACAAAUAACGUGAAAUGACAUUUGAGUUACGCUACUUAAAGUAACACAAGAUUUCUUCUUUUUUUGUCUUUUUUUCUCGUUGAUAUUUUAGUCGCCAGACACUCAAAACACUGGAAGUAAAACUGCUGGUAACGGAGAGUCCUCUACUGACUGCCUUGGAUCUUGUCUAAGGGAUGUGGUGCUACUUUGAUGUGUUCAUUGAAAUGGUUUAUUCAAUUCUCAACGACGGCAACUUGAGGUUGUAAAUGCAGCGUUUGUCAGAUAAUUAUUAUUGAAUUAUUAGCCCGGUUGGGUCUUCAGUCAUAGAAAUUUCAAGUGGUUGUUUUCUGAAUCCCCAAAUAAAUGUUAGUUGAUUUGAAUUAGUAUGUGUGUGCGUAUGUGAGUGUGAAAUAAAUAAUGCCAAAGAAUGUGCCCAAGAAAUAACUAACAUGGAGUGACAGGAUUUAUAUAAAAGCCACUUGGAGUCAAUUUGCAGGAAGAGUAGUUAACCGGCGACUAUAUUCUAUGCUGUAUUCCUGACGCGUAAAUGAAAAUAUUGGUCGCCUUUUUGGCAUAAUUAAAAAAAACGUGAAAAAAAAAUCUGCAAGGUUUUUGUACUUAAAGAAAACAAAGAAAUGUCUUCCACAUCGGUGCUACGUCCAAAUAGUUUAUAAUAUUUCUUACAGAUAUUUUCGACAAAAAUUAUACAUUUUCAAGUCGUUAAUCCAGCCAAAACUUCCCUUUUGAUAUCUCUUUUUUAUAAAUCACCAGCGUUAUAGGAAUCCUAACAGAUCACUCUCAAAGACGACAGCUUUUCUUGUCACAAAGGCAUCGUUAGUUUGGUUUCGGGCCCAAUUUGGGAACAUGCAAUAGCACAGGAGGUGAAGUGUGGCUUAGCUAAGGCAAAUCAUGCUAGUUUUUGAAUGCUGAAGAGACGCUGUGUUAGAGUUUUGUGAACAUAUAUCUAACAUUACCGCGUCACAGACUUUUCUUCCUGUACGUUUUUCGUGACGGAAAGGAUAUAUACAAGUGCAAUAAUAUGCGUUUUUUUCCCUUUGUAAUAGACUAUGAUUUGCCUUUGCUAAGACACUUGCUCUUCUUGUGUUCCAGAUAGUCAAUGUUUAGUAUUAUUCUUCUAAUGUGUACAUAGAGUACAAACGUUCUUUCUGUGUAAACAUCAUGUAUAUGUUUAGUGUAUAAGUAUUACGAUUACAAGAUUAUUUAUUAUUUAUAUAAUGUGCCGUGAUACGCUAAGGGGUCAGAAGUGUAAAGGUUGUUGUAUUUAUGUUCUGUGGCGGUCUUUGUGUCUUGAAACUCACAGAAAACAAUAAGAAAUAUAUAGAUGGAACCAAAUAGGCUCUAACACACUUGAAGAUAUCUAUCGCACGUAUCUAUUUCUACGUGUUUCUUCUACUUUUAUCAUCCGUAUCCCUUUACUCUCGAUAUUUUUGUUUUCCCUUUUCCUCUCUCUUCUUUUCUUCACUAUACGAGGUUCCAAGAACUCAUCAGUGCUUUCAUUAGGAUUAGAUUUUUUUUGUUAAACUCAUUCAUUACGUGGCCAGUGACUUUUAGAUUAUUUUUGUAAAUGUGGUGAUGUUUGUUGUAAUAGAUAGGCUUUUUGUGAUAAUGAAUUAAACAGUUGGAUUAAUA